AUGUCUUAUUUGCCCCCUCUUUCAUACUAUCCAGGGCUUGCUCAUUCAUGGGAUCCGACCAUGGCAUUUACCGAAGAACUGAAUAGGGAAUCAAACAACAAAUGGAAAGACAAGUUUGAUCAACUAGUUCAAUCAGAGCAUGAAAAAGAAAUUAAAUAAAAUUCAAAAACUUCAAAAUGUAAAACUUCCCAAGACCAAUAAAUAAAAUCAAAGAUAUCGAAGACAAGAUCAAGAGUGAAAUGGACGAUAUAGAGAAGAAUACCCAUCAUCUUAUGAAUCAACAAGCAUUAGCGAAUGAAAAUGCUAUGCUCAGAAGCAGGCUUAAGAAAGCGGGAGUUGAUCGGAUUCACAGAGAGAACCAAAAUAUUUACGACAGUGCUCACCUGACUUUAGAAAAUAGAGCACAUGCUUAUCAUCACGGAUAUUAUCAUCCUCAUAACCAUUGGUACCCAUCGUACGUAGAACCUCCACCUGUAAUUGAAAAAGAAGUAAUAGUCAAAAAGAGUUCUUGCAAAAAGAAACAUCACUGAAAAUCUCCGAAUUUGAGAUACUCGAGAGUUAAUGAACUGUUAACCUCUCCUCGAAAGCCAAGAGGGUUUUCGAUCCAGAGAGCAUCAGAUUAUGGAGUCUUGAAUAGAUACAAAACUAUUUACGAUGCAAUAAAUGGAACUCCAGUCAAACAUAGGAGUAAACCAAGAGAUUACUAUGAUGUUUAGAUUUCUUAUAUAUAUUCAUUCAAUUUAUCA